UGUUGCAUUUAUGACAGUUGACAUUGUAAUGACAAACAGACUCAAGGCAGAGGAGGAGUCAAGCUGAUAUUCAGAGGCACAAACGAACCAAAACGCACAGAAAGGUUGAGUUGGAAUCUGUGCAGGACUAAAAAAACAAAAAACAAAACAGAGAUUGACAUUUAUCAGGAGAGUAUUUGAUUGAACAGUGUGUGUUGACCGCGUAGAAAUGCCGACCAAAAUUAUUUUAGCUUCAUGCUUGGCUCUGUGGAUCAGUUUAUCUGCCACUUUGGCUCAGGACGAGUUCAUGACCAGAGCUCUGAGGCUGAUGUCUGAGACUCCGCUCAUCGAUGGUCAUAAUGAUCUUCCUUGGCAGUUUCGAAAGAAGUUUAACAAUGAGAUCACCAACGUGGAUCUUUACACACUGGAAAACACUCACACCAACAUUCCCAAGAUCAGGGAGGGACGGCUUGGUGCACAGUUCUGGUCUGCCUACGUUCCCUGCGAAACCCAGUACAAAGAUGCCGUGAGGCAAACGCUGGAGCAGAUAGAUGUGGUUCACAGAAUGUGUCAGAAAUACCCAGAAGUCUUCAAGUUUGCCACCAGUAGCCAAGAGAUCCUGGACGCCUUCAAACAAAACAAGACGGCCAGCCUGAUCGGGGUGGAGGGGGGUCAUUCCCUUGACAGCAGCCUGGCCACGCUGCGUCUCAUGUACCAGUUGGGCGUCCGCUACCUCACAAUCACACACUCCUGUAACACUCCCUGGGCAGAUAACUGGCUCGUCGACACCGGUUCUGAGCCAUCUGAACACGAUGGCCUCUCUCCAUUUGGCAAGCAACUGAUCGUGGAAAUGAACCGUCUGGGGAUGCUGAUCGACCUGUCUCAUGUGACCGUGAAAGUGAUGAACCAGGUGCUGGACAUGUCCAAGGCUCCGGUCAUCUACAGCCACUCCUCCGCAUACGCCGUCUGUCAAAGCAAGAGGAACGUCCCAGAUGACGUUCUGCGACGAGUGAAUGAGACUAAAGGGAUAGUGAUGAUAAACUUCUACAAUGAUUAUGUGACUUGCAGCCCGAAUGCUAAACUCUCAGAUGUCGCUGAUCACUUUGACCACAUAAAGAAAGUGGCUGGUGCAGACAUCAUCGGUUUUGGUGGAGAUUAUGACGGAGUUACCAGAGUACCCGAGGGUCUGGAAGACGUGUCCAAGGUGCCCAGCCUGGUGGCUGAGCUGCUGAGGAGAGGAUGGACCGAUGAGGAGGUCAAAGCCGCCCUCGGAAAUAACCUCCUCCGGGUCAUGAGAGAGGUCGAGCGGGUCCGUGACAGUCUGAAAAACGAGAAACCGGAUGAUCUUCCUAUUCCGUACGAAGAGGUGGAGAACCCGUGUAGGACGAGCUACGGUUACAGCACCAGCACUGCAUCCGUCCAGUCACUCAGCGCCCCGGCCCUUCUGCUCACCCUGGCCCUCCAGGCUGGAGCCACAUUAAGAGCUUAAUUAACCAACACUUCUGACUACAUGUAUAUGGCAAGAGUUUAAUCAUGCAUAGUAAUGAAGGCUUGAAAUGUUUGUCUGGUCUGUGCUGGUAGAAAUUUAAAUUAUGUUAAAUGGC